UGACAGGAACUCAGAGAAACCACCACAGAUUUUACCUGACAAGCACAAGGAAAGGUUGUGUUAAGAGGCUAGAAGGAGCAAGAGAAUUAGGAAGCUGGAAAGUUUGCCAAAAAAAAAAAAAAAGUAAAGCAGCACCCAGAAAAAGAUGAGUAAAGCUCAUUAGUGGAAGGGGAAACCAUGAGAAGGAAGUAGACUUGGGAGGAGAGGCGUAAAGACACAAAGGGAGGAUAGGUGGAGAAGAAAAAGGAGGUCAAACUAGAAGAUGACAAGGAAGUGACAGGAAGAAGCCUGCAGUGAAGGCGGGGAGAGAGAGAGCAACGGAUGGCAGCAAGUGCAGCUGGCUUGUAUUGAGGAGGCACUAAAGCCUCUGGCUUGUUUUCCUGCUUUGGUGGUACUAUUUCAGCUUGGCCCACAGGAUGAUGAAGAAGCAGUUUAACUGGAUGCGGCAACAGCUCAGUUACCCAAGUGGACGAGCCCAAGAAACAGCGGAUUACUUGACUGAAGACUUACUCCAGGUUGAACAUAGAAUUGAACCAGUCAAACGGGCAGCACACAAUGUGCACAAGAGGCUUGUGGCUUGCCUCCAGGGGCAAUACGGGGCGGAACUGGACAAACGGGUGAAAAAGUUACCUUUGAUGGCAUUAUCAGUCACUAUGGCUGAAAGUUUUAAGGAAUUAGACACGGAUUCCAGUCUCGGGAAAGCUCUAGAAAUGAGUUGCUGCAUUCAAAGCAUGCUGGCCAGGAUCCUUGCAGAGUUUGAAAUUACUCUCGAACAAGAUGUCCUACAACCCCUGAAUAAACUGAGUGAGGAGGAGCUGCCUGUCAUCCUGAAACACAAAAAGAACCUUCAGAAACUUAUUCUGGAUUGGAACACCAUCAAAAGCCGUCUAAAUCAAGCUGCCAAGAAUUCCAAUAACACUGUCAGUGCUGUCACAACUUCAGGAGCCUCGUCGGCUGCCUUGAAGUUGGAGAAUCUGAAGGAGGAAGAAGAGGAGAUGAAAAGGAAGGUGGAGCAGAGCAAGGAUGAAUAUAUGGCUGAUUUGUAUCAUUUUUCAACCAAGGAAGACAGCUAUGCUAAGUACUUUAUCAAAUUGUUGGAAAUCCAGGCAGAAUAUCACCAGAAGUCUCUGGAAUCUCUAAAUUCCAGCUUGGCAGAGCUAAUGAGUUCUCACAACCAAACAGAUGCCCCUUUUCCAUUACAUGCAUCUGUACCAAGGGUGUAUGGCAUGCCAUUAGAGACUCACCUAAAGGCUGCUGGGCGAGAGAUUGCACUUCCCAUUGAAGCCUGUGUUAUGAUGCUGUUGACCACAGGUAUGCAGGAAGAGGGGCUCUUCCGGUUGGCAGCUGGAGCUUCUGUGCUGAAGAAACUAAAAUACUGUCUUGACAGUGGCUCAAAUAUUCAGGAAGAAUUCUACGUAGACCCUCAUGCUGUGGCAGGUGCACUAAAAUGUUACCUACGAGAAUUGCCACAGCCAUUGAUGACCUCUGAACUCUAUGAUGAUUGGCUGAAAGCUGCCAGUGCCAAAGAACCAGAAAUUAAACUAGAGUGCCUCAAGGAUGUUUGUAAUCUUCUUCCCAAGGACAACUACAACAACCUGAGGUACCUGAUUCGUUUUUUAGCCAAGCUGGCUGAACAACAGGAAGUGAAUAAAAUGUCCCCAAGCAACAUUGCCAUUGUCCUAGGACCCAACCUACUGUGGCCCCAGGAGAAUGAAAGGUCCCAAGUGCAGCUAGACAUAGCUUCUGUAUCCUCCAUCCAAGUUGUGGGAGUUGUGGAGCCUCUCAUACAAAAUGCUGAGAUCCUCUUUCCAGGAGAUAUUGACUUCAAUGUCUCCAGUUUGUUCACUCCUCCUCCAUUAGACAUCAAAAAUCAAAACAUCCCCACAACAGAAGAAUCUACAGCAGUGUUUCUGCCUUCGGAAUCUAAUACCCCUAUGCCUGAAGAAAGGAAAAAUGCUGAGGUUAUUCCAGAAACAGUGUCCUCAAAAGUGACCCAGUCAUCUACUGAAACAACAAUCUGCCCACCUACCUCUGUUUCUGCUGAUGAGACUUCACGAAAAACAAAGCGAGUGGCUCCACCCAGACCUACCAUGCCUCCACCCCAUCCUACGCUACCUGUUCACCGUCACAUGCCUCCUCCUCCUCCUCCUCCAGAGUCUUCCUCCAUCCCUAAAGCCUUACCUCGAAGAACAGUAGGGGGACCAGCACGAGCUCCAGUCGUGCCACCACCACUUCCUCCCCAGCCUGCCAGACGGCAGAGUCACAAAGCUCCGCCAUCCCCCAGGCCUCCUUCAGAAGCUACGAACAAUAAGGCAGCUGCAGCUGAAGAGGAUUCUACUAAUGUCUGCAGUAGAGAAACGCCCAAAGAUCCCGUCCAUGUGAAGAAAGAAGCCGAUGAAGGAAAGAACAGCUCUCCGUCUGCUGCUGCUCAGAAAGUAGAAACUCUGGAGAAUGAUAAAGCUACAGGGGCGGAGGAAGACUACCUUACCCUUCUCCGCUGCUCAGUUAGAAAGGAAGACGAGCGCCCCCUUGCGGGUCUUGCUCAGAACGCCUUCUUUGCAGUUUCUUUCUCCCACCCCUAUACCCCACUCCCCCACCCCGCCUUGGGCACAGCUUCUCACGCAGCCCGCCCCGCUUUCAUCACUCCCUGCCUUCCCCUUUUAAUUGCUUUCAUCGCGCCAGCAACCCGCGAUUGGACGACGGACGGACACCCCCCCCCACUCCCUCCGAUCUCCCACCCCUCCCCGUGUCGUUCUAAGCGGGUCGAGCCCCCGGCUCUUCAGGCAUCUGAUUGGUACCGUUUCCUAAGCCCGUCAAGGGAACGGCGCGCUUCUGAUUGGCUGCGUCUCCGCGAGGAGGACGGGAGGGGGUGGUGGGGUGGGGUGGGGGGAGGCGAGUGCGGUUCCAGCAUGGCGGGCUGCAGGCGGUUGAGCGGCGCUUGUCUGCGCGAAGUGCUGGGCGAGUCGCAGGGGCUGCUCUUCGACUGCGACGGGGUCCUGUGGACCGGAGAGCGGGCGGUUCCCGGGGCGCCGGAGCUGCUGGAGCGCCUGAACCAGAACGGGAAGACCACCCUGUUCGUGUCCAACAACAGCCGCCGCUCCGUGGCCGAGCUGGAGUGUCGUUUCUGCCGCCUCGGCUUCCGCGGCAUCCGCGGCGAGCAGGUGUUCAGCUCCGCUCUCUGCUCCGCUCUCUACCUCCGCCAGCGCCUUCUGGGCGGGGAAGCCGGAGCCGGAGACUCGGCCGCCUCGACCCCGGGCCGGGUCUUCGUGCUGGGCGGGGAAGGGCUGCGCGGGGAGCUGCGCGACGCGGGGCUCCGCCUGACCGGAGAAGAAGGAGACGGCGACGAAGAGCCCCUCCCGGUGCGCGCUGUCGUCGUCGGCUACGACGACCAGUUCACCUUCGCUAAGCUCUCGGAGGCCUGCGCCUAUUUGCGCGACCCGCGGUGCCUGCUGGUAGCCACCGAUCCAGACCCCUGGCACCCGCUUAGCAGUGGGCAGCGCACCCCGGGGACAGGGAGCCUCACUGCUGCAGUUGAAACAGCCUCUGGUCGCAAAGCAACAGUCAUUGGAAAACCAAACACAUACAUGUUUGAAUGCAUUGUAGAGCGCUUUGGUGUAGAUCCAUCCCGCAUGCUUAUGGUGGGUGAUCGGCUGGAGACGGAUAUACUGUUUGGCAAGAACUGUGGCCUUGAUACUGUCUUGACCCUGACAGGUGUCUCUCAUUUAGAGGAGGCACAGGCUUACAUGGCCAGUGACAGCCCUUCAGCUAAGGACCUGGUGCCUCACUACUAUGUGGACAGCAUUGCAGACUUGAUACCAGGCCUGGAUGAAUGAGGGGAGAAGUGGGUGGGUAACAGUCCUGUUUCCAUUCCAGACUGCCAACCUUUCCUCCUCCUGUCUCCCCUCUUGAAUCUGGGCUCAUCACAUUCCAGUGUUUCUUCAAGAAUGAAGAGAGUGGGACUAAUUCCCCUCUCAUUCUUUAAGCUUAAUCGGUUUUAUUUUAGACACAGUAGGGGAGCAGGAAAUCUAAUGUGAAAAAAGUAGGUUGUUUACAGGCCAAACUAGUAUUUAUUACUAUUUUUCAUCAUAGUAACUAUUUAUUUAAGUUAUUGUUUUAUUGUAGCCAAUAGUGGUCUUCUUACUGUUGGCCUUUGCUUUACUUUGAAGCAUAAUGAUGUGCUUGAUGUGCUUUUAUAGUGUGUCCCCAGGCUUAAAUAUAACCACUGCCAUUCCAUGCCCAUUUUGGAGUUCUUCUCCAAGAACCUAUGCUGUGAAAAGGAAACAUCAGGUACAUAUUCAGAAAAUAUGACAUUGAGCCUCCACAAAAUGGUCCUUUGGUUUUAUUCCUGUGGAUGUUUAUGUUUAUGAAGUUCAUUCAAACAGUUGAGCUGAUCCAGGAGUCAUAAGAACUAAGGCCAUUUUUUUAAAAAUUGAAGCUAAAUACAGGACCCAUUCUAACAGAAUUGAGUAAAUUCCUCCACAGGAUUUGUUCCAAAGUGCUUUGUUUUGUGCAGGAAAGAAAAUGACAGCUGUCAAAAGGAACUCAAUAUUCAGAGUAUAUAUUAAUGAAUUAAAAAUUUAGUAUCCUUUUUCUGUCUUGACUUAUCAAGUUAAAUCUUUCUUUAAUCUAUCCAAUAUCAUUUUGGUAUAUGGAAUUGCUACUGCUGCAUCAAACUAAGUUGCAUACAAUAAUUUUUGUGCCACAGUGUUCAGCACUGACUCACUUUAUCUUGGUAAUUCUCCAGUGGUCACAGCCUCCAAAUAUUCUUGCCUAAGCAAAACCAAGAACUUGAUAUUUUUUUCCUCCCCCCCCCCCAAACUGGGCAAACUGAUAAAUUUUCAUCAGUAAAUAUUUUAGCUCCUGUCUGUGCCUGAUGCAAUACACCACUGUUCUAGAGGAGGGGUGAAUGUGUGUUCUCUCCCUGCCCUGUCAUGGUGUGCUUGACUUGUGGGAUAAUGUUGGCAUUGCCAGUGGUGUCUGUGUACCACGGUAUCCCCAAAUCAGUCCUUGCUAUUCUUCUAAUGGUUUAUUAUGUAUUUAUUAGUGUGUUUGUAUAAAUUAUGCUGAUCAAUUGUGCCAAAGUGGUAUGUUGCCUCUGGGCCUACUCACUAACUGUACCUCCAUGAUGUUGUGCUUUUUCUGACACUUGCUGUCAUUCUGCAUAUAAUAAAUUGCAGGCACCAGA